AUGACUGCUACAAAGCCAAUAUUGCCAAAGCGCUUUGGGAAGAGCAAGCGAAACUCAGAUACUGACUCGCGUACCUCCUUUGUAACAUCAACAAGAGUCGGCACCUUGCAUGCGGCCACUCGAGAAGACUUCUACCCUGGUAUCCUGUUGAAGGAGAACAUGAAGUUAUCGACUCCAGAGGAUGACAUUCCUGUUCCAUCUGCACCGAAAAUGUCACCGAUCGAACUCCCCAAGGUGCCUGAUUAUCACUAUUAUCUACCAGGUGGAGUAACUCCCUGGACAGGCUAUAAUCACUGGUGUUAUUCUAUUGGCAGAGAGGUCUGGAAAUGA